CUUUCUCUGUGCUUGACUAUUCCCGUCUCUGUGGCUAAUGAUAAAAACACACACACUCUGAAUAUAGACGUUAAACCGGGCGGGCUGUGGCUGAGUGAUAGCAGGUCCAGCAUUAUGCAAAUUCGCGGGGUAGUGCGGCGGCAGCGCCGAGCAGAUUAGGACUGUGCUCGGGAUCAGGGAGCCACCGCUGCCUCCGUCUGCGGGAGCAACUAGUGCCUCUGUUUUCCACCCUGAACACACUCGGCUCACACACACACUCUGCGUUUGGCUCGGCACGGUUUCCACGCGCGCCCUGAACACGUGUCCGACGAAACGAAGGGUAUCUGUAAUGCAGAGUUGAGAUUUAUCUUUCACACCCAGCGUGGAGUGUUUUUUACGGGCAUGCGCGGCGCGCUCACAAACCCCUCCCCCACUCAGUUAGUUAAGCCAGCGCUGUUUCAAAGCGUCACUCACUUUUGGAAAAUAGACUCCUGACCCCUAAUAACCUGUAACACGCUGUUGGAAAACUGUUUCCCCUCAUUUGUGCAGGGCGCAGAGCCGCUGCUGCCUUCCUUGUGUUACAUUGUAGAGGCAGUGUUCCCGUGCUCUGCUCUGUACUGCGCUUGGUUUGGGGUUUACAGAGACCGAGCUGUAAGUAGGUCGGGCUGGGCUUAAGCGGCUUAGCUACGUCAGCCUAAGCUGGGAGGAAUUCAUCCAAAGCCCUCCGCGGUAGGCGGGGGCCUAAACGAGGCUGGCCUAGUUAAGCCUGAUUCUUAUUGUGUGCUGCACAGCCUGUUUUUGUUGUGCAACGUAGCUGAGAGGGUAGCCAGGAGUAGUGUAUGAAUCCCUGCACAUGUUAGACAUAUCUUAUGAUUGAUUUAGAGAAGAAGAAGAGAGGGCAAAUGAGACAUGUAUGGGAGUUAGACCAGUGGUAGCUUUAUCACCGUCGACCAAGAGAAGCCAGCAGCAGGGACAAAAAAAAAAAAAGACAGGUGGGGAGAGUGAGGAUCCACAGUAACGAGUGUGGGUUCUGAGGGGUGACAGCCAUAGGCCUGACUUGGUCUGUGUGAGUCCGCUAUGCUAUAGGAUGGCGUCUAGCUCUGUGUUUUUAUCCAGUAUGGUGGGUAAAGCUCGCUCCUCCAACUUCACCCUCUCUGAGAAGCUGGACCUGUUGAAGCUGGUCCGUCCUCACAUCCGCAUCCUGGAGGAGCACACCAACAAGCAUGCGGUCAUUGUGGACAAGAACAAGUGCUGGGACACCGUGGCUGAGCAGUACAACGCCUUGGGCGGGGACAGACCCCAUCGUACUGCGCAGGGCCUCAGGACCCUCUACAAGAGGCUGAAGGAAUCAGCCAAGCAGGAAGUGAUGCAGCGGAGACACGCUCAGCCAGAGUACAGAGCGAGCAUCUCUGAGCCAACCAGGAGAAUUAUGGAGAUGAUCCCUCACCUGUUUCACCACGUGCCCAUCCACGAAAAGGACCAGGCACUGCGCAGAUUAAUAUACAGCAAGCACAACUCUCCUGUUGAACAUCCUGGCAGCAGCUCCUCUCUGGCUGGACUCCAGGAUUACUCAGCAGCUGUCCCAAGUAUACCCCAUGAGGUGGUCCAGCUGGACCCUGAAGAGGAUGUAAAACCACCGCCAGAUCUCCCCAUCCUCUCCACGCACACAGGGCCAGGGCUGGAUGGAGGCCAGGAGCGGGAGGGGGAGCAGGACUUGGGGAGUGUCCACGAUUACGAAGCAUCUCUGUCUCCCACCCCUUCCUCUGUUAACAUCCCGCUCUCCACCUCGCCACUGCCCUUACGCCAUGACCUCUACCCCAACGACAUCUACCCCCACCACGAGCCCGACAGGUUUCGUCCUCUGCACCUGGCCAAAGAGGAGCAUGAGCUGGUGUUAGCCAAUCACAGGAAGGUUGCCCUGUACCUGGAGGAGAAAAGGGAGGGGCUGAAGAGGAAGCAGGAACUGGAAGAGGAACUUCUGAGAGCCAAGAUCAAAGUGGAGAAACUAAAGGCUGCUCGACUGAGACACGGACUGCCAAUUCCUCUAUAACAAGCGUGAACACACACAUUUGUGGCCAUUGUUGGAAAGAGAGAGGCUGUGAGGAGUCCCUGAGGACCAAUCACGCUCAUUAGUUUCGUGUUUGAGAGCUGUUUCAGAAUUUGAAUUUGUCUUGAAAACAUAGUGCCUCGUACAGACACUCCUAGCCUGUUUCAUAUUGCAGGAUAUGGCUGACUUGUGUUGCCAUCAGUCAUCAUGUUGCUCAUCAGGGUUGGAAGUUUAUCAUCAUUCCUGCGCUAAUAACAAAAAAUGUAAAUGCUCACAAUACUAACAGUGUGAUGGACCAAAACAGUACGAUAAAUUUACGCGUCCAGAUUUUGGAAGGGAAUAUUUGUAGUGGUGAUUGACUUUUACCUUUCUGGCGCUUUUCCUGCCUAGAUCUGCCACCGAUAUGUAUCAAUGAGAUUGUGAGGAUAGCAUUAAGGAUCUUUUUUAUCUAAGAUUGUCAGAAUAUUUGUGGUUACAGCAUUUACUGUCAUGAUAUACUGGAGUGACAGGAGUCUGAGAGCCUAAUCUGACAUCUGUAGAAAUCAGACGUGAUACAUUUAUUAGGCAUUUUAAUUUUGUGGGUUAUAAAAAAGAAAGAAACACUCCAGUUCACUGGUAGAAUUUUCAGAGGUACCAAGAUUGGAGCACAAAUUAAACUUUGGAAAGCCUUAACCUAUCAAGCUAAUAAAGAAAAAUUCAGUGCAUCAAGAUCAGUGAGAAAUUGUAUCUAGUUGCUGAAUUGAUGGCCAGUUCAGUGAACAAAAGAAGGGAGAUGCGGUUUUGGUUUCGUGAUGUUAUUGUUAUUUAAAGUACGUAAUUACAACGUUGAUUGUAUUGUAAUGUUAGUAUAUAGGUGUUGUCAGUCUCUUUUACAGUUUGUCCAUAUGUUUGCUUAUUUCUAUUAAAAAAAAAAAAAAAUAGGGUCAGUAUGCUACUGGUCUUGUGUCACGGAAAUUAUUUGCAAAUGAUCACAUGAUAACCAAAUCAAAUCACGUUUGAGUUGGUACAUGUCGCUACAACUGUCUCAACCUUUUGCAUGUCAAACAUAUUUGUUGUAUUUUCAUUCUAUUUCUGGAUGAGCUGAGGAGUAUUCAGGAUUUCAGGAGUCUGAAUGUGAAGGGGGACAGUCAUCCUGGUUGAAGGUCUAGUAUGAUGUGUAGACUGAGUGCAACAGUGACCUCUGCUGGUGAGUUGUGUGACUUGUCAUUCUGUUGGUUUCUUUCACUGU